CACCACGAGAGUAGUUAUGGUUGCGUUCUAAAGCUGCGUCCAUUCGUCCAAUCAGCUCCCGGAAGAUCGUUCCGUUUUUUGAUUCUCCAGGGUGGCCGUGAGGGGCUCUGCGGGGGGUGUGAAGAUGGCCCAAAAUCUCUUCAGAUCAUUGUUAUCUACUCCGGUCAAGCGUCUCACGCCAGUGCUUCAUCCCAGACCUUCACUGCUUCUGUACAGAGUUUCAGCUCUGCCAUGCAGGAGACCCUGGUGUACUUCCUUUGCGUUUCCCGCUAUGCCUUCUCAGACUAGGACAUUUUCUACUACUCAGGUCUGUUUGCAUACUUUUAAUGUCCAAGAUGAGGAUGACUUCCAAGACAGAGUUUUGAAAAGUCAAAAACCAGUGGUGAUAGAUUUCCACGCCCAAUGGUGUGGUCCCUGCAAAAUCCUGGGUCCCAGACUAGAAAAGGUGGUGUCCAAACAUGAAGGGAAAAUUCUGAUGGCGAAAGUGGACAUUGAUGAUCAUACUGAUCUUGCCCUUGAAUAUGAGGUGUCAGCUGUACCCACUGUCUUAGCCAUGAAGAAUGGUGAUGUGGUGGAUAAGUUUGUGGGAAUCAAAGAUGAAGAUCAAUUAGAAGCUUUUCUCAAAAAACUCAUUGGACCCUGAGCAGCAAGGACAGUUGUGUUCUCCAAGCCAAGGCUUUCUCUAUUUGUCCUUUUUUAAAAACACACACAUAUAUACCUGUUUCCUUAGAGGGGAACGGGAGAAAUUGCAUAGUUGGACUAGCAUCUGUUUUUUUGAAGAGAGUGGAUGAUGGCUGCUUCCCACUUCUUCUGGGGGAGUGGUGCUAGUAGUUCCUAGUGCGGUGAAAAGGCUGAUUGCUCUGCGAUAGAGAAAGACUGGAGAUUACUGCCUACUAGCAAAUGCCCGACGACAAGAAAGUCUUCCUAAUAUAUAGCAGCCUCUUCUUAAUGUACUUUCUCAUACAUCUUGGAGACACUUCCCGUUCCUGUCCAAUGUAAAACUCAACAUGGUUAAUUAUUGCUGCUUAUGGCAGCAGCAGUUCUGCUUCAUCUCUGCAGCAUUCCUCCUUUGUUUAGUGGUAGGUUGAAAUCAUUUGCAGUUUUGGACAGUAGCCUCAGUGCCUCUCCUGCUGUCAUCUAUUAAAUUGAGAGAAACAUUGAUUGAUUGGAGCCUUUUUAUUAGUAGAUCUAUAAUAAAAAUAGCUGUAAUUAUUCCAUUUUCUGUUGGUAUAGAAUUCCCCUUCUGCAGGAAAAUAAAGUUGUUCAAUAUAGCUUGAGUGGUAUAGGGUGGAAUAUGGAAUAUGAAUAAGGAAGAGUUUGGCAUUAAACCUUUGCUAGUCCACAGACACAAAGCCUUUUGUGAGAAGAAACGGUUCCCCUCUUUUUUGCCUAGGCAUUUUAUCUCCAAACAUAUUGGGGGAAAUCAAUGCAUUAGAAGUGCUUUUUUAAAGAACCAUUGAAAGAAAAUUCUUUUUCAUGCCACUUUCCACUCAUUUUUAAUCUAUUCUCUAUAAAUGAUAAAUCAAGUCAAAUUUAAAUUUCACAAUGUUUUAAUUUCAGGCCAGAUGUCCAAUUUAUUCAGAUUUUGCUAUGGAUUUUUACAUUUUCAUAAAUUAUGGGGGGGGGGGGGUUACUGCUAGAUUGUAACAUUAAAGAAAUUAGGUUUCCUUUAUUGACUAUAAGGAAGUUGAGCAGAAAAAUUCAUUUUCUCUUCUUUAACAAAUAAAACACCUAGUAGAAAGAUAGCAUCUCUGUGAAGCGUCCUUGUUCUGUACAAAUAUACAGUCUUUGCAUUUUAAAUAUUAAAGAAAUUAAAAGAAAAACAAUCCAACCACAUGGUGCCUUUAAUAAAUUCAAUUAUAUCCUUAUUGCCUCUAUAGACUUUUAAACGAUAUGUCAAAACUCCAGCUACUUAUGGGUAGAAUCCGAACUACCAUGGAUCUAUUGAAAGUGAAAUGCUUCAGUUUGUUUCUCUGUCAUCUGAGAUGGGGUUUUUUUUACACCCCCUUCUUUUACUCAGCAAUAGAACAUAGAAAUAUUUUAGUAUUGGUCAUAGAAACAUGAGAAUGGUCAGAGGUUGCCUUCACAUGUUACUACAGAGCAGUAUUUUCAACCACAUUAAGAUGUCUCAAGUCCAAUUCCCAAAAUUCCCCAGCCAUCAUGCUGAGAAAUUCUGAGAGUCCAAAUAUCAUAUAUUUACUAAGGUUGAAAAAUAUUGCUAUAAAGUGUGACUUGUUAAUGUGUUGUUUGAAACCAGCCUUAUAAAAUGGGUAGACGACCUAUGGCUUCCUGUGUUCUUCAAACCCAGCCAAUAGUUUAUUUAGCAAAUCAUGCAGAGGGUGAUAGGUCAACAGUAUCAGUAAUUAAUGAAUUAUGAAGACUCUUAACAUUGUCCUUUUUGUUGAUGUCCUAGAUUAGAUGGACAUAAUGUUUUAAACAGUCUCAAAAUGGAAGCAGAUUUUGCUCUAUUUCUGCCUUGUUCUGUUACACAUUUCCUAUAGUAAUAAGGAUAUUAGUCUGUGCCAG